UACAGCCGACUUUGAAAUUCGUUAAGAAUUUUUAUCAUUGGGCGGGGUUUGAUAAUAUUUAUUUCCCAUAUGCCAACUAUCGUAGAGGCCUAGGACCCUGAGACAUCGUGGCUGCUAUUAUAAAUAUAUACAAUACAUAUCAACACCAUUUCAUACACGUUGACGAAUAUUUCGAGUGACGAGUGCUAUAAGGAAUUAAGUUCGGUACAUGGCUUACUCUGGACACGCAUCAAUGCGUCUGGCGUAUUCAUUGUUAGAAAAAAGAAGCAGAUAAAAAAAAUAUGUAACGUUGCCAUAACAUCACACAUCAAUUAUCGACGGUAGUGACGGCGAGCUUUGUCUAUAAAUAGAAUCUUAAUGCAAAGUGUGGCCGCGAGUGCGCUGGUCGCCGCGACACCAGCAGAAACGAAGGUCGGAGGCGGAAGGGGGCAUGAGAGGCCUUCAUCUCUACGCUUUUGAUUGGGCGCCUUACCCCCGAUGAAACGGGAAGUACGCGAUGCGCAGACGAAAUGCGCAGUUCCGUGCCUCGUCAGUCUCGUUUCGAGCGAGGGUCACUCGUCACAGGAGAGAAUUUCACAUCCGCAUUUUUAUUAUUUUUAGCAAAUAGUAGAUACUUUUAGUUCCCAUUCUAUCGAUAUUAUGGUAAAUAGGGCGGAUAUUGUCAAUCGAUCAACUUUUUGUCCGUAGCAAUUUGAUAAACGUUCAUAGAUUUGUGUUGAAAAUUUGACCCCGUAUGGGAUCGAUGACUGCACGGGUCCGCGCGAGCAAGGGGCGUACAUUUAUUGCGUAUCAAUUCCUGGGCAGUUUUUUGAGUUUUAUUGAGCUAUGCCAAUAUUGAAUUACUACUGAUGUUACAGAUGUCGUGAUGAUUCUUCGUCUGCCACCCGGACAUUAAAUAAUCAUCGAGGAUACACGAGAGUUUGCAAAAUGCCCCGUAUUGACCCGCUACAGCUGCUCAAGUGUCUCAGUGUUCUCUUGGGACCUACGGGAGGCAUCAAAAGCAACGAGGAAGUUCAACGUUUGGCUAGUCUCAUGACGAAGUUUUCAAAGAAACUGGUUUCAAAAUGCAUCUAUAUUCAGAUACUCAAGACUACAAACACCGAAAUCCUUGGCCAAUUCAUGGGUGCAGGGGGCUGGAAUCUGGUUCACAUGUGGCUGACGGAUGGAAUCCUAGCCAAAAAUUGGGCCCUUAUUCAAGAAUUAUUAGAGCUGCUCCUCCUCUGUCCUGUAGAUAUUGAGCGUCUUAAGACAAAUAAUUGUCCAAAACUUAUCAAAGGCCUCUCUAAGGAAGGUAGCCACCAUGUAGUCAGGGUUUUAGCGGGCCGAUUGGUCGAGCAAUGGCUAAAAAUUGUAAAAGGAGAAGCGGCGCCCAACUCAGUUCCUGCAGACAUAAUGACUCUGCCCAUACAGGCCUUAAUUGGACAGAAUCAGUCUCUAGGUACUCAACAGCAUUUUAACAGGGCAAACGCUUCUGCCGAUCCAAGUAUAGAAAAUGGCAAUCUCGAAGAUUGUCAAAUACAGACGACAGAUUUUGCCGAAGGCUCAUCCAAUGCCCUACAGCAACAGUUACAGAGAGGAGGACAGCAAGGAGACCUUCAACUCUUGGCAAAAAAUCCACAGCAGCAGCAAAAACAGUACUUCUUAGUUCCUUCAUCACAGCAACAACAGCAGCAACAAUCACUGCCGGUUUACAAAAUAACUAUUCGUGAUGGCAAACAAGUUUUAGCCAAGGUAGAAACGGACCCAGCUAAUAUAAAUAACGUUUUGAGUUUAAAUAACGAUAACCGGGUUAAUGGUGAUAAUAUGGUGGACUCGUCCGAACAGGACAAUGAUAUUGGAACAUUAGUAGAGACAAUUCAAGGAUCGUUGAUGAAUGGGCAGGAUUUGGUCAUUGAUAAUUCUGUCCAUUUAUCUAGUGAAGUGAAAGAAUCGCUAGCUAGUCCUAAAGACGUUAUUAACGAAUUAAAUCAUGAAGAGGGUACAGACAAUAACAGAGAUUCAAAGACAGGUGUCGGUAGUGAAAGUAGCAAGUCAAAAGACAAAGAAAACCGGGAUUCUCAUAAAAAAGAUGACAAAAAAUCAAACGGUAGUUCAGAUAAAAAAUUGAGUAGUCAUAGUUCUUCGUCUAGGAGUUCUUCAAAACAUGGUUCAAGCUCUCAUCGCACGAGUUCCAGCUCUCACAAAUCUGGAUCACAUCGGUCGAGCUCAGGAGGGUCCAAGGGUUCCAGUUCCAAGGAGAAAUUGUCUUCCAGGGAUACGUCUUCGUCAAAGGAUAAGGACAGACACAGAACUGGCUCCUCUGGGAAACAUAGUUCCUCGUCGACCAAUUCUAAGGGGGCUAAAUCCGAUCGAGACAAAGACAAGGAACGGGAGAAGGAGAAACUGAAGAAGGACCAGGCAGAGAAAGACAAAGCAACCUUGGAGAAGGUCCAGGGCCAGGCUCUGAGUACAAAAAUGGGCAAAAUUCCAAAAAAGAGAGCCGAAGAUGACACGAGGCAGUCGACCGAGAGAAAAUCUUCGAUAUCUCCAUCCAGAAAAUUAUCCACGGAAUCCAAGGACGGGACCAGGGACAAAAAGUCUUUACCGGAGAAGAAAAAUAUUUCCAUGUCCAUCGAGAGCCGGAAAACGCUGGUCGAGUCUUCGCGACCCAAAACAGUAAAAACUUUCAAUUCCAAAUUCAGGUCCACAGGCUUGGAAGAAGAAGUGAAACCUCCACCGCCCAGGUCUGUCAAGAAGGCGUCUGCCUCCUUGGAGAAGAAACUCGCCUCUCCCAAAUUACCUGUUCUCAAGAGGCCCUCGCCACCCAGGGAAAAUAUACCGUUGCCUGACAAGAGAGCCAGGCUGUCAUUAGACUCCCCGACUACGCCUCCGCCGUCCGAUGAAAAGAAAGGAGCCAUCAAGCUCAUCCCGCCAAGACCCAAACCUAUGGUACUCCAGGAGAGCGACAUGUUCAUGGACGCGCUGACCGCAUCGACGAAGAGCAAAGAGCCCCGUAAGCGGAAGAGGAGAACGUCGCUAUCGAAGGACGGCGCGCCCGAUCCGAAGAAGCAAGACAAUCAAACCGAGGGACGCGACGCCACUCCUCCGCCCUCGUCUCCUCUGAGUUCCGACGAGAAGUCGCCGGUCGUCGUCAAGCCCAAUUUCAAGUUCUAUCAGGACACCCUCGAAACGGACGAGGACAAAGAGAAGAAGGACAGGGAGAAGGAAAAGGAAAGUGAGAAGGACGGGGCCGGCGAGUCCGACAAGAGGGACAGAGACGAGAGCGGGUCCGCGGACGACAAGGAAUUCAAAGAGAGCGUAAAAGAGGGUAGGGAGAACCAAGAGGACGAGGAAGGGGACGAGAGAUCCACGACGCCAACGCCCGACGACGAGGUCGAGGACGCCAAGGACGCCAGGGGACCGAGUUCACCCGCGGCCGAGACCAAUUCGGAAUCGUUGGAGUCCAGUAGAAAGGACAAGGGGGACUCGAGUCCGGCGCAAGACGUCCGUUACGUUAACGGGCUGAAGAGCGUACUGCUCGUGCAAAAGCGCAAGGGGCCGAAGAAGUCGUUGAAAUGGAAAACCGAACUCGAGUCGAUCAGAUAUUUCGAGCUCGACGAAACCGAGAGGGUGAACGUCACCAAGACUUUCACCGACGCCAAACAGAUGGAGAAACAAAACGAGAGAGAAGCCUUCCAGAUGGCCAGAAAACUGAGUACGGAGGAUCUGAUGGAGGAGAAGACGAUCUGGAAGGCCCUGAUUCCCGUUGACCUGCCGCCCGCGCUUGUCGAGUACGGGAAAAACAGUCGGGAGAAGGACGUUCAGUACGCCCGUGAGAAGGGUAUACUGCAGGCGUUGUACUUCAACCGUAGCAUGAUUCCAGACUCCGCGGCGGAGCCCGACGAAGAACGACACCCCAUGACCGACCCGAAGGUCAUACCCCUCGAAGAUCUCACGGGUAACAAGGAGAGCGAGAAGGACUUCACGUCGAUGGCGUGGCCCGAACCGAAGCCCCAGCUCUUCCAGGCCUCCGUGGUACCCGCCUACCCGUUCCCCCCCUAUCCCCACAAUCAGCAGGCGAUGAUGGGACCCAUGGGGCAUCACGGUCCGGCGUCACAAAUGGGCCAGAUACCCCAGCAGAUGAUGGGGCCCGGGCCUAUGGGCCCGAUGGGACAAAUGGGUCCGAUGGUACCCAUGACUCCGGACAUGGGGGGAUCUCUGUCGGGCGGAGGCGGCGGAGGUUGGAGAACGGGGGACGGUAAGGUGGUGGUGCCGGACGCCGGUAUGCAGGGUAUGCAGGGUGGUUAUCCGCCGGGACCGGACGCCCCCAUGGGGCCGCCGGGGAUGAUGGGACCGCCGAUGUUCAAUCAAGCGGACGGUUUCGGGAUGAUGGGGCCCGCCGACGACAUGGGAUACGGUCCCGCUAACAUGGGCAACAACUACCAAGGCCCCCCGGGAUCGGCCAUGUACGGCCCCGGGCCGAAUUACCAGGGAGGAGCGAGGGCGGGUCCGAUGCGCGGGGGCCCAGGGGGCCCCGGUGGCAUGGGGUGCCGAGGGGGACCGGGACCGGGCUGGUACAGAAGUGGUGGGGGGGGCGGCGGCGGCGGCGGAUCGAACUCCGGCAGAGGGGGAGGAUGGAGGGGUAACGGAAAACAGCCGCCCAUAUGCCGACAAUUCUCCAAGAACGGUUAUUGCAGAGCGGGCGAAAAGUGUCAGUAUCUUCAUCCCGGUGUUAAUUGUCCGCCGUUCUGAACCGCGUGAGGAUCGAUUGACGUUUUUUUAUACCGCUUCCGAAGGAGCGUGAUCACCAGCGUUUUCCGAUCGAACGAACUGGACGAUUCUUUGACCAAUAGCGCGCUGUUUUAAGCGCGCAAAGUUGAUGAGAUUCGAUCGUUCGAAUUCGUUGAGGAUCUCCCACGUCCACGGCUGAAGUUUUACAACGUUUCAAAAAUUGUUGUAACGACUCGCGCACCGACAAUCCGCAGUUGAAAAAAAAAAAAAAAAAAAAAAUCAUUGAAAAUUAAGUUUCGCCCGAGAUUAACAAUUAAUCGCGGUUAUCGCGCGUACGACGAUCCCCCCGUUCAACUUUAAAUUACGUCCGACGAAAAUCGAACGGAACUAAUUCCAAAAUCAAAUUAUAGUUUUACCCCAGAGGAGGAAUGCCUGUUUUUCAAAUGUAUGAUUAUAACCGCGCUAAUGAUUCCCUCUCCAUCAACGACGCACUCUGGUUUAAUUGUAAAUACAAUCGUAUGUUUUAUGUCUUUAGAGAGCCGGGUAGCUGCGGUUGAAUGUUGUUCGAAAAAUGAAUGAAAUGCGCAUAAUUUUAUUGUAAAUAUUAUACAAAAAAAAAAAAAGAAGAAAAAAAAAAAUCUAUCGAAUUCUUUUUUUCUGUCUUUUUUUCUUUCUUCAUUCUUUCGUACAAAUUAUCUUAUAGAUUAUAAAGUACCGAGACUGUUUUAGGUCUAUGCAAUAAUAAGUGGAAAAAGUUAAUAUUAUAGUUUAUAUAAAAAUGGUGUAAAUUAGGAAAAGUGCCGCCGGAGAGAAAGACGUUUAUAAUACAGCUGUAAUAUGCGACAAUUGUACGAUAAUUUAAUCAACUCGUCAUAGCCGGAGGUUUACGGAGUUGGCGAAAAAACAAAAAUGAAUUAAAAAAAACUUUUGAAGUGCAUUCGGAACUGACCGUAUAGCAAACGCGUGUAAAUACUUUGUGUCAAUAUUAUUGCGACGAAUGUUUAUUGAUUGGAAAAAAGUAAUCAAAUUAACCAAUCGAACGAACGAUUAUUAUUAUUGUAUGAUAUAAUAUUGUAUAAAAUGAUUUUCUACGUUUUGAGUUGAGGGUAGCGUCUAUACUAUUUUGUACGUGAUUGAUCGAUCAUUACGUUUGUAAAUGUAUAUACAUAUAUAUAAAUAUAUAUAUAUAUUAUUAUAUACCGUAGGUCGUUAUACGUACGAGCUGCUUUAGAGAAAUACACGAGUUGAAAUGA